AUUGCUAGCGAAGCAAAGUAGAUAGAAUGGCGGCGCAUAAGUCUUUCAGGAUUAAACAAAAACUUGCUAAAAAACUGAAGCAGAACCGAUCGGUUCCCCAGUGGAUACGUUUACGUACUGGGAAUACUAUCAGGUAUAAUGCAAGGAGGCGUCACUGGAGGCGCACAAAGUUGAAGCUGUAAACUUAUAAUUG